AAACUAGUGCAAGGUGAAGGAGGUCUGUUCAUCUGUUUUCUUCCUCUCGGUCACUUUAAUCUGGUUCUUCGGUCAGUCAGAUUAAACUGGAGUCGUCCAGGAGGAUGAGGAUAACCGUGCUGCUUGUCUCCCUCCUGCUCGUUUCCCAGUAUGCCUCAGGAGUCGAGGUGUAUGAGGGGGAGGAGUCUGUCCUUCUGCUCUGCCAGCUUCCCGUUCCAGCUGAAGAGGGUGUAGUUGUGUGGGGACGCGAUGACCUGAAUCCUUCAAUCAUCCAUGUUCGCACAGAGGAAGGUGAUUAUCUUACAGAGCAAAAUAAACAAUACGUCAACAGAACAUCCAUUCAAAAGGACGCCCUGAAGACCGGAGACCUCAGCCUCACUCUGAGAAAACCUACAUUCUCUGACAGUGGACUCUACACCUGCACCGUACGCAAGGUUGGAGAAAAACAGAACCAGACUGAAGUGCAACUAAAGGUCAAAGAGCGUCCUCCUCCUCCUCCAAUCUGGCCCAAAGUUCUCCCCGGGGUCCUGGUUCCGGUGCUUGUCCUGGCUAUUGGCAUUAGUAUUUUCAUGUGUCUUGUAUAUCAAAGGAUGAAGAAAACAGCAGUAUGCCAGCUCAAAGUUGUUGAUGUGACAGAGGGAGCAGACUCUGUCCUGCUACCCUUCAUAUCCAAAAAACUGAGGAAUACGGAGACCGCCAAAGUGGAGUGGAAACAUAUCCAAGAAGACGAAAUGAAGGUCGUGUAUGAGAAGGAUCGGAAAAGUCAAGACGUACCUUACACAAACCGCACAGAGAUGAGGAAAGAUCCAUGGAACACAGGAAACGCCAGCCUAACUUUGUUAGGUCCUCGCUCUGAAGAUGGAGGUGUUUACAUAUGCACCAUGUAUGACACGCAUGGAAAGGCCCUGAAACAGAAAGUAGUGGCACUCUGGGUCAAAGAGGGCUGGCUGAAAACCAUCAGAAGCUUCUUCCCGUGUGCCAGACAGAACAGACAGAAUUAUGUCAUCUGAAUGAAAAGGCAAAGGUGAAUCUGUUCACUGUUCAGUCAAUGUGAUUCAUCUCUUGAUGAAGCUUUUCCAAAUGAAACUCACAGUAAUAAGGUCAUUACCAAAUGAAAAGUCACAUUGACAAAUAUGUAAAACUACUGUGUGUUUGUGAGCUCUCAAAUGUCUGUUUCAGUCAGUUUGAACACUUGGCACAUGCACUGAGCACAACCUGAACUAAUAUUCAGAUCGUCUGUGCACACUUUAAACUAAAGUUCUGCAUAGAGAGGUGAGAGCAGUAAAGUGUUUUUUAGUACAUUUUUAAAUAAAAUUUAAGAUUUAUUUCAUUUAUUUAGGAAUAAAAUAGAAAAAUUCUAAAAAUGUUAGCUAUCUAACAUUUACAAAGGUAAACAGUUACUUUGAUGACAGAUGUAUGUACUAAUUGAUACUGUAGUAUUUAACUAUUUUAACUUUGAUUUCAAUUUACUGAAGGUUACCUGUGGGGUUCAACGGUUCAGUGCUGGACCCCAAACAGUUUAUACUGGACAUGCAUGAAUCGUAUCUAAAUUACUACAACUUUAUUUGCUGUAAUGUAUCAUCAGUUAUAGUCAUUUACUUUUCUCUGGGAAAAGUUUAGAACAGUGCCUGAAUGCAGUGGAAAAAAAUGUUGCGACAGAUACAUCAUCACUAAAUUACAGCAAAAUAAAAUGUAUAAUAAUUAGUAACUAGUCAAAAGUAGCUGUUAUAAAUUAUUAAGAGUGUGUACCACUAUGUAAGUUUUAAAAACAUGGUGCUAAAAAAUAUGAAAGUGAAUCAAAACUUUCAUUGUUUAUAAAAAAAAGAAUAUUUUUGUGUGUGUUUAUUUCUGUAUGUUUAUUGUUAUUUAUUCUUUCAAAAUUAUUUUACUUUUUUUUUACUAUGUUUCCUUUGGUCUUAGUUUCGUUUAUUUAGAAUAUACUGCAUGUGAAAAGUGUAGUUGGAACAUGCUAUAGCUUCAGCUUUCAGCUCUAAGACUAAAAUCUCCAGUUCAGUUCAUUUUUUGUCAUUUAUUUAUUGUUAUAGCAUCUCUUGGUUGUUUUUGUUAUUUUUUGACUUUGGUUUUGUUUUCUUAGAAAAAAAGAUGUAUGUUAGGGUUAGUUAGGGUACUCUGCGUAUAACAGAUGUUUGAAGCUGUUCUGGAGUUUCAGAGCUGUUGUAGAUCAUACAUAAAAUAUGCUUGUGUGUGUUCAGACUGUUUGUCAAUGGGGAGACUCUCAGGGAAACAUGCAAAUUGGACUCUGCUUUCUAUAGAGAGUCCAAUUUGUAUGUCCAAUUUGUGCAACUCCUGAAACUCAGGACUGUUGCGCUGUUGCACUGUGCUGUUGUGGAUCUAGAGAAAACAUGUGCUAACUGAGGAACUAAUGAAUGAGGAAGUAAGGAGUGGCAGAAAAGUAUGUGCCUGUCUGAGCCUGCAAAACACUGAAUUUGAAACCAGGGUUGUACCUUUAUCUGUUGUCAUGAACAAUGCAGUGCUCUCUGCCGAUGCUCACACGCAUUAGGUCUUGGUGUGGAUUUUAUUGUCAUUCCUUGAAAAGAGAACUGGUAGAGUUCCUUCUUUCAUUUGUCAGCAGUCACAACAAAGUAACUAAAAGUGCCUAUUACAAGUAUUUUUUGUAGAGCUGAAGUUGUCCCUGUUGAUUCUGAUUAUUUGUGCCAUAACAGUGGUAUAAACAGGAAAUUAUUGAAACCAACUCUGUGAAUUCAAUGAGAGGAACUGUUACAGAAAAAAACAAUACCAAUGUAAUGUUGACUCUAUCUCACCUUUCUUUAAUCCUAAAUCUGCUCAUCCUCACUUACUAGCUAUCUUUUUAUGUUAACAUCAGCUGUGGCAUGAUACUUAAACUGAAACAGUAACAUGUAUCCCAGACAUUGACAGAUCCCAUGUUGUGCACAGUGUAUUCCAUUUUUAAUGGAAUAUCUUUUGAGGACAACCAAACUGUAUUACCAGAGUCAUAGGUACAGGCCAUGAUCGUAAGGUGAUGUUUGCUUUGGUCUGCAGUCCUGAGUAGAGCUAUUCAAGUAUCAACACUACCAUAGACCAGUGUCUAUGGUAGUGUUGAAGAUGAUGCUGCACUUGGGAAUCCCAUUUACUAGUUACACUCUGAUUAGUUUAGACAGUGA